GCUGGCCCCCUUGUCCGGGCUCUCACUUACACGACUGGCAUAGCACAUACCACGUUCCUAUCAUGGAUGAGAAGGGUCCCACGCCCGACGGCACGUCGUCGUCGUCGUCGUCGCGGACUCGCACGCACUCUGACGCGCACGCGCAACGCCCUCGCACCCGCGACAGCUCCCACAAGGAGCGCUUCGACCCGGAGCUCGACAUCGACCUGCCGUACCGGACGCUGACGAGCGACGCCCGCCUGGACGAGUACAAGAGGGAGGUGCCGGGGGGCGAGAUUCCCGUCAUGACGGCGCCGUCUACGCGCAACAGCAUCGGUCGACAUCACCAUCACGUCGGCGACUCGAAUAGGAGCAACAGCCACAGCAACAACAACAGCCCGGCCGCUGGCAACACCAACGGAGGCGGCGGAGACGCUCAGACGGAGCCGCUGCAAGAGUACCGCCUCGUGGCGUUUGAGCCCAACGACCCGGACAACCCCAAGAACUGGUCCAAGGCGUUCAAGUGGUACAUCACCAUGGUGGUGGCGGCGACGUGCUUCGUCGUCGCCCUCGCCUCGUCCGUCGUCACGGCCGACAUACCCGGCGUGAGCCGCGAGUUUGGCGUCAGCAAAGAGGUCAGCCUGCUGAGCGUCACGCUCUUCGUCGUGGGCUUUGGCGUCGGGCCCAUGGCCUUUGCGCCGCUGUCUGAGGUUCUCGGCCGGCGCAUCAUCUAGUAAGUGCCGACUCGCUCCCCCUUUCUUCUAAGAUGCUGCUGUUGUUUCUUCUCAAGAUGAAAAAAACCCGCGCGAGGGGAAAAAAAGGCAACGAUGGGAUAGAGAAUAAACAACUAACAAAAGAAUGCAGUGGCUCCACGCUGCUCGUCGCCGUCGUCUUCAUCAUCCCCUGCGCCGUGGCCAACAACAUCGCCACCCUGCUCGUCUGCCGCGCCAUCGACGGCAUCGCCUUCUCCGCGCCCAUGACCCUCGUGGGCGGCACGCUGGCCGACCUGUGGCGCAACGAGGAGCGCGGCGUGCCAAUGGCCGCCUUUUCGGCCGCGCCCUUUCUCGGGCCUGCGAUCGGACCCCUCGUCGGUGGCUUCCUCUCCGACGCCUCGGGCUGGCGCUGGCUCUACUGGCUGCAGCUCAUCCUCGCGGCCAUCGUCUGGAUUCUCAUCACCUUCACCGUGCCGGAGACGUACGCGCCGACCAUCCUGGCACGGCGGGCGCGCAAGCUGCGCAAGGAUACGGGCGACGCGUCGCACGUCACGGAGCAGGACCUCGACCUGCGGCCCUUUUCGGAGCGGCUGGCCAUCUUCCUCAUCCGGCCCUUCCAGCUGCUCUUCGGCGAGCUCAUCGUCUUCCUCAUCAGCAUCUACAUGAGCGUGCUCUACGGCCUGCUGUACAUGUUCUUCGUCGCCUUCCCCAUCGUCUACCAGGGCGGCAAGGGCUGGUCCUCGGGCAAGACGGGCCUCAUGUUCAUCCCCGUGGCGGUGGGCGUCGUCUGCUCGGCCGUGUGCUCCCCGCUCGUCAACAGGCACUACGUCGGGCUCGUGCGCAGGCACAACGGCAGGCCGCCCGCCGAGGUGCGCCUCAUCCCCAUGAUGGCGUCGUGCUGGUUCAUACCCAUCGGGCUCUUCAUCUUCGCCUGGACGUCGUACCCGGAGCUGUCGUGGGCCGGGCCCGCCAUGGGCGGCUUCCCCGUCGGCUUCGGCUUCAUCUUCCUCUACAACUCGGCCAACAACUACCUCGUCGACUCGUACCAGCACCAGGCCGCCUCGGCGCUCGCGGCCAAGACCUUCCUGCGCUCCUUUUGGGGCGCCGCCGUCGUGCUCUUCACCGAGCAGAUGUACGACCGCAUGGGCGACCAGUGGGCCUCGACCUUUCUCGCCUUCCUGAGCCUUCUGUGCUGCGCCAUCCCCUUUCUCUUCUGGCGAUAUGGCGCCCGGAUCCGUGCCCGCAGCAAGUACGCAUAUGGCGGCGAUGACGAUGACAAGGCCGCCGCCGCGGAAGCCACCGAGUCUGCAUCCGACGACGUCGAGCUGGGCAAGAAGACGAGCCGCCGCCCAAGCCAUGGCGUGAUCCGAGACGGCACGGAGCACGAGGAUGACGAUCUGAGGCGUGCCAUGAGCUACGUCAGCAAUCCCUGAGCGUCUCUUAGUACGCCGAGGGGAUGCCUUUUAAUGGGACUGUGAGUGUUGGUAUCAAACGACUGGCGCUUUCUCUUCAACACACAAGCAAAGUUGCGAGGCAUGAAGCGUACCAAUACCCGAUACAGUUUUUAUAUAGUAGGAUAGACGAAAGCGCAGCAUACAUGUGUAAUUUUCCUUCGAAUCAACUGGGCCAAUUCGUUUCAAUCUGACCACUUCGAAGCAACUUGACCACAUUGUCUUGCCCCUAGACAUUGCGAACGGGC